AGCAACAGGCAGAAGUUUCGUGCAAGUGAACUUGUGAUAAAUUUGGAAAAAGGGAAAUCAGAGUCAAAACAAAAGAAGCAAAUUUGUUUUUACUGUGAGUUUUGAAGUGAAUAGUUAACGAAAAGUUGUCAGUGCAUAAACAGUGUCGAGAAAAAUACUUCCAGUCCGAUAAAAUAGUGCAAACAGCUUAAAAGUGCCAGCAAGUACGUACUGUGCAGUUUUUCAGAGUAUUGCAGAAAUUGCUGUGUGUGAAGAAUCACAGAGAGUUGAAGAAGAGCCGCUAGCUGCCAUCGCCGUCGUCGUUGUCGUCUUCGUCAACUUUAUCAGUAUCAUCAUCCCAGUCAGCGCUACCGCCAGUUGUGUCCGCAAGUGUCGAAGCUACCGCUUAUCUCAAGAAACGAUUCAGUGAACCAAAUCGUCAUCAAUUUUGGUUAAGUGGAAUCAUCGCGUGUGAAUUUUUAUAAAAAUUGUGAAUUUCGCUGGAAACGGUUACAACCUAUCAAAUACAGAUUUGCUCUUAAAAUAGUGACAGCGUGUUUACGAGAAAUUCUAACCAACGACAAGGUGUCAUAACAGCAAAGUGUAAAAAUCAGUCUAGUCCAAAAGUGUGUUCUGUUUUCCGUGAAGAAUUGGUGAAGAUAUUUUGUGUGAAGCAAUUUGAGUGCGAGAUAAUUCGACUGUCAAUCAGAAUCCAAAGAAUAAGAGAGAAAAAAGUUCAACUGAUAGUGAAAAGUAAAUCGGUGUGCAUAUAAAUUCAUAAUAAAUAUACAGAAUAAAUUAACAGCUUGAUAACAAAGAAUCGUACAACAAACGAAGAAAAGCAACCACCGAAGAAUAGUGUCCAUGUGAAAUGGUGACGAUCGCAACAACGUGGUGCUAAUCAAUUCAAACCCAACGGCUGCAGAGAAACCGGCGAAACACCAAACAGUACCACCCAAACCCGCAUUCAUUAUCAUCGGCCCAAAACAAACCGGCACCGAACAAACCCCCGUAUCUGGGUUUGGUAGUGUGCAAAAUUUGUCAGACAGCCUACCGCAACACAGCACAACACUACAAUAAGUUCUCAAUUUGAUUGAGUGCUGAACAACUCAACAACAGAAACAGCUCAGAGACCGGGAUCGAGUGUCGUCGAAUAGCGCAUUCGGAAUCGGGCACCAAUAAAAUAUUGUUAAAAACAGCCCACCGAUUUCAGUGCGUUUUUCACGCUCCUACAAGUUACACGCCGAGGAGUGUUGGCUUUCGGGAAGCGAUAAUUUUAUUUUUAUGACACCACGGGUUCGAACCAGGCAAAAUAGUGUGGAUGCGCGUGUGUUUUGACGGGCUGUGCUUCGCGUCACGGCGACCGGCGGCCGUUGAGCAGGAGACGCAGACGGUCCUGUGCGGCGCAACCGCACUCGAUACUCAGCAUCUCGUGCGUUUGCUGAAGUACGCGAACUUCGCGGCGCCGACGAACGGACUCGGUCUCGCUUUCGGUACUCCGCCGGUAGCCCCCCAGUCCCAGACCCAGUCCCAAACCUCUUCCCAAACCCAAACCCAAACCCAACCGCUUCCAUCGUCGGGUGCGUCUUUUCUGUCGUCGUCGUCGCCUUUGUCGUCGUCAGUAGCUUUUCACGGUUCCGCGGGAAAAGAUCUAGUUGUUCCGUCAUUGCAACUCGUCGCGUCAACCAUCGUCGCUGGCACGAUGAACGAAAACAGUGGUGAUCUAGGCGCGUCGUCCAUUAUUCAACAACCACAACAACUCCAAACAGCCAACCAACAUCAGAAUGAUACCAUCAACAAUAAUCUCGAUGCCUCCACCGUCAACAGUGUCAAACAGAUCGUAAUGUUGCAGGGUGACCUUCAGCAGAACCUCUACAUUAACGAUCCGACCAGUUUGAACCUGACGCCUCGGGAGCAGGAACUGCUGAAGGUGAUACAGGCCCGAGACAUCCGGAUCCGCGAGUUGGAGGAUUGCUUACGGCACAAACAUGACGAAGUGGCAGAGCUUCGGACCAACCUGGACAAGUUCCAGAGUGUGUUCCGAUCCAGUGGCGGUGCCGGCGGGGUAUCGCCCGGUGGGCGCAAAAUGGGCGCCCAUGGUGGAGUGCAGAGACAGCGUGCCCAGGGUAUUUCCGCCGAACCGCAGCGGGAUAUAUCGGUGCUGGAGCUGAUGCACGUGACGUUCCCGAAGUACGACAAGGAUGAAAGAUCCCGCGAAAUCAUCAAAUCCGCCAUCCUGGACAAUGACUUCAUGAAGAACCUGGAGAUGACGCAGAUCCGCGAGAUCGUGGACUGCAUGUACCCGGUGCAGUACGGCGCCGGCAGCCUCAUCAUCAAGGAGGGCGAUGUGGGCAGCAUAGUCUACGUGAUGGAAGAGGGUCGCGUCGAAGUGUCCCGCGAAGGUAAAUACCUCUCGACGCUAUCCGGCGCAAAGGUGCUCGGUGAGCUGGCCAUUCUCUACCAUUGCCAACGGACGGCAACCAUCACCGCGGCCACCGACUGUAAGCUGUGGGCCGUCGAGCGACAAUGCUUCCAAACCAUCAUGAUGCGCACCGGGCUGAUCCGGCAGGCCGAGUACUCCGAUUUCCUCAAGAGCGUUCCGAUCUUCAAAAACCUCCCGGAGGACACGCUGUGCAAGAUUUCCGACGUGCUGGAAGAGUGCUACUACCAGAAGGGCGACUACAUCAUCCGCCAGGGGGCACGCGGCGACACCUUCUUCAUCAUCUCCAAGGGUCAAGUGCGCGUGACGAUUCGACAGCCGGACGCCCCGGAGGAAAAGUUCAUCCGCACGCUCGGCAAGGGCGACUUCUUCGGCGAAAAGGCUUUGCAAGGGGAUGAUUUGCGAACGGCCAACAUUAUUUGCGACUCACCGGAAGGUGUCACCUGUUUGGUCAUCGAUCGCGACACGUUCAACCAGCUGAUCUCCAAUCUGGAUGAAAUCAAGAACCGCUACAAUGACGAUGCCGUUAGCGCCAAGAAGAAGAUCUACGAAGAGUUCCGUGACGUACGGCUAUCGGAUCUACGAGUGAUUUCCACGCUUGGCGUGGGAGGUUUUGGUCGCGUCGAGCUAGUUCAGCUGGCCCAGGACAAAGCACGAUCCUUCGCACUGAAGCAAAUGAAGAAGUCCCAGAUCGUUGAAACCCGUCAACAGCAGCACAUCAUGUCCGAAAAAGAGAUCAUGAGCGAGGCCAAUUCCGACUUCAUCGUGAAACUGUUCAAGACCUUCAAGGAUCGUAAGUAUCUCUACAUGCUGAUGGAGAGCUGCCUUGGCGGUGAACUGUGGACAAUUCUGCGCGAUCGCGGUCACUUUGACGAUGGAACGACCCGGUUCUACACGGCCUGUGUUGUGGAAGCCUUCGACUAUCUGCACUCGCGUAACAUCAUCUAUCGGGACUUGAAGCCGGAGAACCUGCUGCUGGACGUGUCCGGCUAUGUGAAGCUGGUGGACUUUGGCUUUGCCAAGAAGCUGCAAUCAGGACGAAAAACCUGGACAUUCUGCGGCACCCCGGAGUACGUAGCACCGGAAGUGAUCCUCAACCGAGGCCAUGACAUCAGUGCAGACUAUUGGUCACUUGGUGUGUUAAUGUUUGAAUUGUUAACUGGUACUCCUCCCUUCACCGGAGCCGAUCCAAUGCGUACCUACAACAUCAUCCUUAAGGGUAUCGACGCCAUUGAGUUCCCCCGGAACAUCACCCGCAAUGCCAGUGCUCUCAUCAAGAAACUGUGCCGAGAUAAUCCAACGGAACGAUUGGGGUACCAGCGGGGUGGCAUCAGUGAAAUUCAGAAGCAUAAAUGGUUCGAUGGAUUCUAUUGGGAAGGUCUGCGGAAUCGUACCCUGCCGCCGCCGAUCCUACCGAAGGUCCAGAGCGUAGUUGACACCGCAAACUUCGAUGACUACCCGGCCGAUCCAGACGGUCCACCGCCAGAUGAUCUGUCGGGAUGGGACGAAGAGUUCUAAACCACCCUGUUAGCGAACUUCUACCCAGGUUUCUUUAACCUUGUUUCAUUUGUGUUAGAACAGAUUAAAUUCGGCUUGCCCUCUUUCAUCAGCCAAAUCCUCAAGACCAAGACAAGCCUAAUUUCGUGACGACAUAGAUUUUAGCAAGCAUUCGUUUAUAUGUGUAUGUGGAAUUUGACAAGAUGAUUCGAAUAUUUUCAAGAACCCCCUGAAUAACAAACACAACCACAAAA